AUGGUUUUCGAGGAAGUUGUAAGACUAUCGAAGCGUGGAGUCCCAACUACCUGCAGAUCUCCGCUUGGACCUAAUCCUCCAGUUUCCAACUUCACACACCCAACUCUGUCGCUUUGCUCAAUCUCUCACAUUUCUGGGGGAAACAUUUUGGUUGGCUGUUCUCAGCACCGAUAUUGGCGUCAAUCUUGCUCCUUGCUCCCCAGUUGUCACUCGAUACACCGAGUUGGGAUGUUCGACUUGAUAGGUGUGAUGAUCUUUUGGAGGAUUUGA